AUCCAUUCGAAAAAUCAAUAUUGAUAUGUCGUUGCUAAACAACAUUUUAAUCGCAAAUACUAUAGGCUCUUUGCUUGUCAUUUUUUUUGAUCGUUUAAUAUGAUCUACUUUCACAAAAGAAGUAGAUAGCGCUCAUCACUUGAAACUCCGAUUGAAUGAUUUUUUAAUGUCUCAUUGGGUUAACAAGAUUUAAUUAUUUUAAGUUUGAUUUUCUACAAAAAUAUAGAAUUUAAAUACGCUUGACAGAGAGAGAACGAUAAGCUAUAUGUGUGAUUCUUUCUAUAGAAUAAUCUUCCAGUAUAGGAAAAACUUAUUCUGAAAUAUUUUCAAGGAAAAAAGAAUGAUCCAUUCAAAGAAUUUUGCUCGAUACUUUCGAAAUCAUUUCAUAUUCUAGCUAUACUCGAGAGAGAAAGAGAGAGAGAUCUCCUUUUAUUCUUACUCUUUCUCUUCUAUUUAAUAUUCUUGUAGAUGCUAAAUGGACACAGAACGGCGUGACUGUUGCUGGAGGUGACGGGUAUGGGGAUGCCACUAAUAAACUCUGGGGCCCUUUUGGUAUCUUCGUUGAUGAUGAUGAUCAAAUAGUGGUUAUUGCUGACUUCGGGAAUCAUCGUAUCAUGCAAUGGAAGAACAGUGAUACAACGAAUGGACAAGUUGUUGCUGGUGGCAACGGUGCAGGAAAGGGAUUGCACCAAUUGUAUUGGCCAACUGAUGUAUUAAUUGACAACGAGACGGAUAGUCUCAUUAUUUGUGAUCGAGGGAAUCGACGAGUUGUACAAUGGUCUCGUCUUAGUAGCACAACACAAGGUGAAAUACUCAUUGACAACAUCGACUGUUGGGGAUUAGCAAUGGGUGAGCAGAGAUAUCUCCACGUUUCUGACUGGGAAAAAGAUGAAGUAAGACGAUAUCAAUUGGGUGAGAAGAAUGGCACUCGCGUAGCUGGUGGAAAUGGCAAAGGUGAUGGUCUCAAUCAACUCAACUUUCCGAGAUAUCUCUUUGUUGAUCAAGAUCAUUCAGUGUACGUAUCAGACAACGAGAAUCAUCGUGUAACGAAAUGGGGAAAAGGUGCAAAAGAAGGUAUUGUGGUUGCUGGAGGGCAAAGUAAAGGGAGUGCUCUGACACAAUCGUCUAAUCCUAAUGGAAUCUUCGUUGAUACGUUGGGUACAGUCUAUGUAGCCGACUGGGGGAAUCAUCGUGUAAUGCGUUGGACUCAAGGAGCAAAACAAGGCACUGUAAUUGUGGGUGGAAAUGGCAGUGGAGAGGGAGCAAAUCAGUUCAACUCCCUCGAUGGUUUGUCUUUCGAUCGAUAUGGUAAUCUCUAUGUCGCCGAUCGCGAUAAUCAUCGUGUUCAACGAUUUUCUAUCGAAAAAGACUUGUGA